AUGCCACUCGUACACUCAUACUUUGAAAUGAUUGAGGACGCUCUCCUCACUCUAGCCGACAGAAAAGGUUCAUCAAGAUAAGGUAUCUGGAAAUGUAUUUCAACUAAAUUCCCAGAGGCUGACUACAAGCAAUUCUUGAUCAGAUUCAAGAAAGUCGGUGAAAACUAGAACAUCGUUAAGGCUAAAGGCUAAAGACUAAGACUCAGUCCAAACUACAGAUUGAAGUUGCUUAAAGCACUUGAGAAAGGUCAAUCAGUCAAGCAAACUCAGAAGACCAAGGCUACUAUGAAGAAAAACUCAAAGAGAAAGUCCGCCAGACAAAACAAGAAAGCUAAGUCAGGAAAAGCUAAGAAAUCCUCCAGAAAGGUAAAGGCUGCAGGAAAAGGUAAAUCAGCUGGCAAAAAGAUGACCAAGAAAACAGGAAACAGCAAGAAAGCACCUGGCAAGAAUGUGAAGGGAUCCAAGAUGGCUCAGAAAAAGAAGCAGAAUAAGCAAGCUAUGAACAACAAGAAAGCCACAAUGAACAAGAAGAAGAACUCCAGAGCUGGCGCCAAAGCUAAAUCAGGACCAAAGACUAAGCAAGCCAAGGGUAAUGGAAUGAAAGGAGGAAUGAAAGGAAAAGGAAAGAAAGGAUCAGGGGCUGCUGGCAAGAGAAACCAGCAUAAGCAGACUGAUGAUGCCCAUGAUGAUGGAGACCUAGCUCAUGACGGCCACCAAAAUGCUCAUCAUGAUAACGCACAUCAAGAUGAGCACAAAUCCCAUACUCCUUCAAGAAACGAGAGAUCAUCAAGAAGGAACUCAGCUCCUCAAACCUCAAACAAGAAGAACUUGAAAUCAAAUGCCAAAGCUUCAGGCAGAAAGUCUGGUGCUGGUGGAAGAAAAUCCGACAUGAGAAAGAGCAAGGCCUCCAAGGACAUCAAGAAGAAGGGCAAGAAGUGA